AUGAAAAGAGCAGCAGGACUAGUGGUGUACAGACAUUUGAAUGGAGUGAUUGAAUAUCUCAUGAUGCAGACUUCCUAUGGUACUUUCCAUUGGACACCUCCAAAAGGACAUGUGGACCCUGGUGAGAAUGACAUGCAAACUGCACUCAGAGAAACUGAGGAAGAAGCUGGACUCAGAGCAGCUGAUUUAGAAGUUGACUCCAAUUUCAAGAGGACUUUGGAAUAUUUAGUGAAGGGGGAGCCAAAAACUGUGAUUUACUGGCUGGCAAAGCUGAGGAACCCCACAACUCCAGUGAUUUUGUCUGAAGAGCAUCGGGCCUUUCAGUGGCUGGGAUUGAGUGCUGCCAAAGAAGUGGGUGGUUUUGGUGAAAUGAAGCAGUUGCUGGAGGAAGCUGAAAUCUACUUGCGGGAGAAGCUGUGA